AUGUCUAACGGAGGAGAAUGGUGGCGUCCAACCAGCUUACCGCCUAGUGGAUAUCGACUAAAAUCCAAUGAAACUGCAGAAGAAGGAAAUGCCUCAUUUUAUCCAUUUAGCACUGAAUUGGGCUAUAGAGUAUUUAAACGAUUGCUUGAAAUAGAACGUACAGCUGAUUGGGAACAAGAAAAUAACAGGGUUUAUAAAGUGAAGACAAUCAAACAAAUCGAUAGUGAAAGUAAUCACUUCUAUUUGAAAGGAUCAUGUUCACAAAAUCCUACAGUGGAAGAAGAACAAAAAGACAAAUGUACACCAUUCUGUCGAUCUGAUAAUGAUGAUAGGCUUGUUCCAUCAAAUUAUCAGUCAACUUCAUCAUCCAAUCAAACAAUAUCAGAAGAGUUCCAUCUAAAUUUAAGAUGUGAUAUCGAUUUCGACGAUUUUUAG